ACAGCCACAGAGAAACAAACAGAUCUACAAACAAGACAGCAGAGACAGAGGAGCAGAGCCGAUGAGCACGAAGGGUUAACUGAGGUGGAAGCCACAGCCAAUCAAAGCCAACCUGUGUCUGAUAGACAGCCGUCCAAAGAACUGAAAAAGGAGGAGAUUUAGUCCACAGUGCUUCCCUCUGUCUCUCUUCUCUCAUUACACACUUCUACAUUGUCCCUCAAACCUGAGACGUGAUGUCCACCGAGCCUCGAGGAGAAGCCUGCAGAGAAGAGAACUUCUAAAAAGCUCCAGAAGAAGAAUCUGCAGAAACAAGAACACCAUGAGCAACGAUGGGAUACCAGAGAAGAAGAGACCUUAACUUUGGGAUAUGAGUUCCUUCAAUGCAACGUGAGGAGGAUAAGAUGAUCUGAUGUCAAACAAACGUCCAGUUUGAGUCGAAAAAAGACGUCAUGUCUCCUGCUAAAGGAACCGGUGUCUUGGCUCUUUUCCACAGUGCCAUGAUAGUGAUGGCACUGAUCGACUCUGAUGAUGUCAUCACCCGAGAUGAGCAGAUCUACGUUCUGAUUGGUGCUCACGCCCGAUGUGAGAGGAACAUCCAGGCACAGUUGGCCCUGGUUAAAGAAGGUGACUGUGUCCCCGAGUGGGAUGGGAUCAUCUGCUGGCCGCGGAGCAGGGCGGGUCAGCUGGUGUCAGUGCUGUGUCCAGAGUACAUCUACGACUUCAACCACAGAGGACGAGCUUACAGACAGUGUGACGCGUCAGGAAACUGGGAGCAGGUUGCCAGUAUCAACCGCACUUGGGCUAACUACUCCGAGUGCACCACAUACCUGACCUCCAACCACAGGAUUCAAGAGGAGAAGGUGUUUGAGAGACUCCACCUCAUGUACACUGUCGGAUAUUCCAUUUCUCUAGCAUCGCUGUUGGUAGCCGUCUCCAUCCUCUGCUAUUUCAAGCGGCUCCACUGCACACGCAAUUACAUCCACAUUCACCUCUUCACCUCCUUCAUAAGUCGUGCAGUCAGCAUUUUCGUGAAGGACACCGUGCUCUACUCCAUAUCUGAAGAUAGAGAGGAUGACUUCAAUGCAUUGAAGCCCCCUAUGGCCGGCUGUAAAGCGGCCGUCACUCUCUUUCUUUAUUUCUGGCGACCAAUCAUUACUGUCCUGGUGGAGGGGUUGUAUCUUCAUAGCCUCAUCUUCAUGGCCUUCCUCUCUGACAAGAACUACCUGUGGGCCCUCACCAUCAUCGGCUGGGGUGUUCCAGCUGUGUUCGUGUCUGUCUGGGUCAGUGCUCGAGCAUCGCUGGCGGACACACAAUGUUGGGACAUCAGUGCAGGGAACCUGAAGUGGAUCUAUCAAGUUCCCAUUCUGGCAGCUAUUGUUGUGAAUUUCCUCCUCUUUGUUAAUAUAAUACGUGUACUGGCCUCUAAACUGUGGGAAACAAACACUGGUAAAUUGGACCCUCGGCAGCAGUAUCGGAAGCUGCUGAAGUCCACAUUAGUCCUCAUGCCGUUGUUUGGAGUUCACUACAUGGUGUUCAUGGCUCUCCCCUACACUGAGGUCACAGGGCUGCUGUGGCAGGUUCAAAUGCAUUACGAGAUGUUCUUCAAUUCAUCUCAGGGCUUUUUUGUGGCAUUCAUCUACUGCUUCUGCAAUGGAGAGGUGCAGGCAGAGGUAAAGAAGGCGUGGUUAAGACGCAGCCUCGCUCUGGACCUCAAGCAGAAAGCCAAGAUGACCAGCAGCGGAGGCAGCUGUUACUAUGGCGGCAUGAUGUCUCACACCACCACACACAGCGUCAGUCUGUCUGCUGCCAACCCCCGGGCUCUGUCCUCAGGAGGAGCCUCGGGCGGCGGGGCAGGGGUCAGGCCGCCACGCCACGGCUCCCUCCACCCGCAGAGCAGCCUGCCUGGAUACGUGCCCGGUGAUGCUGAGACCCCCGGCCCCCAGCAGGAGCUGCCAGUGAGGAAACCAGCCGGGACGGAGACGGGGGUUUUUUCCAGGCACACCAGAGCCAGCAAGGAAAAUCGUGACAGCAAAACUCAUGGAGCACCUGAGGCACAAAACCCAGGAGCAGAAGAUCCAGACAGCAGCUUAUCUCUGAAAGAGCUGGAGACCAUCCUGUGAAUGUUUUCAGUAUUUGAGAGAUGAGCAUAAACGAAGAAGUCAUUUCUACAAACCUCUUUGUUGUUUUGUAAGACUGAGGACCUACAUGACAUUUUUAGGGUUUACUUGUGUUGGGAUUGUUUUGUCAAGGUCAGGAAAAAACUUUAAGUCUCUCAACUUUUUUGUUCGUCAUUUAUUUAUACAACUAAAGGUAGAAAGGCAAGUGGGGGAAAGAGAGGGGAAUACUUCGGGUAAAUCGGAUUUUUACCUGUGUUGCUUCAGUAUGGACUGGCAAAACUUUGAACAUGGAGUUCUUGAAGGGCUCAGAAAAAUGGACGACUACAAUUCCAUGACAGCUGUUUGCUCAUGGAGAUUUUGUGAAUUUAUCAAAAACUGAGCAGAGCUUAUUAUAAGGAACUCUGUACAUUUUCAUUGUUAUGAGGAUGAUACUCAACUAUAUUUAUUUAUCCAUCAAGCCUGAUGAAACCAAUCAUCUAAAUACAAUUCAAUGCUGCCUCAAGGACUAAAAACAUGGAUGACCAUAACAUGUUUUAUGUUAAACACGGCCAAAACUGAAGUUAUUGUACUCAGCCCAGUAAAGUCGCUUCAGCUGAUUCAAAAUGCUGCAGCUCGUGUACUAACCAGAGUUAGGAAAAGGGACCACAUUACUCCUGUUCUGGCUGCCUUACACUGGCUCCCUAUAGAACACAGGAUAGAAUUUAAAAUUCUUCUUCUCGCCUACAAAGCCCUUAAUGGGCAGGCGCCAUCUUACCUAACUCAUUAUACCCUACUGUCCUACUAGGGCAUUGCGUUCCAAGAAUGCAGGGUUGUUGGUUGUUCAUAGAGUCUCUAAAAGUACAAUGGGAGCCGGGAGUCGUGGCUGAUCCUGUUGCUGUGGUCCUGGAUCCUGGGUCCUGGAUCCUGAGUCCUGGAUCCUGAGUCCUGGAUCCUGAGUCCUGGAUUUUGAGUCGUGACUGAACCUGUCACUGUGGUCCUGCCUGACUCAUCAUACUACUUCCCUGAUGGCUCCCUCCUGGGUUCAUCUUCUUAUUAUACACACAUGCAUUUCCAAACAUUUGGACUACCUAUGUUGAAAAUGUAUUAUCUUUUUCAAUUUACACACAGCAUCUAUUGCACGUCUGUCCGUCCCUGAGGUUUCUCCCAUUUUCCCCUUUAAAUUGUGAGGUUUCUUUGGAAGUUUUUCCUUGUACGAUGUGAGGGUCUAAGGACAGAUGGUCGUAUUGUCAUACUUAUAUUCUGUACAAACUGUGAAGACCACUGAGACAAAUGUAACAUUUGUGAUAUUGGGCUAUAAUGAUUGAUUGAUGAACUUGUUUUUUGCUUAGCAACGGUCUUAGGUCAUUUUUUUUUGUAGGUAGGAUCAAACUACCAUCACAUAAAAUAUGAGCAUAGAAACACAAACACAUUUUAGAAAAUGACACUGAAGGCCUUUUCUCAUUACAGAGUACAAAAUCAGGAUUGUAUGCAAGACUUGUUGUAAAUCUUUUUAAGAACAUCUCACUGUAAA